CCCCAUCUGUUUUGAUAUGAUUGAAGAAGCCUACAUGACCAAAUGUGGACACAGCUUCUGCUAUAAAUGUAUUCACCAGAGUUUGGAGGACAAUAACAGAUGUCCCAAAUGCAACUAUGUCGUGGACAACAUAGAUCAUCUUUAUCCCAACUUCCUAGUCAAUGAACUUAUUCUUAAACAGAAGCAAAGAUCUGAGGAGAAGAGACUCAAACUGGACCAUUCAAACGGCCACAGAUGGCAGAUAAUUCAAGAUUUGUUGGGAACUGAUCAAGACAAUCUUGACUUGGCCAAUGUCAACCUGAUGCUGGAGCUGCUGGUGCAAAAGAAGAAGCAGUUGGAAGCAGAGUCCCAUGCUGCCCAGUUGCAGAUCCUUAUGGAAUUUCUCAAAGUUGCCAGAAGAAACAAACGAGAG